AUGGGGGUCAUACGAUGCAAUCAAACGUCAUCAUCAUCAUCAACAUCAACAUCAUCACCAACAACAACGCCGACCACCACCAGCACAACAACAACGAAUUUAGAAGGUAAUACGAAAGCGGAAACUAAACCGUGUGAAAAGUCUGACGAUAAAGGCAGCGUGACCCCUCCAAGCGAUAGCGCGGCAGUUCAAACAAAAGUUGCCGAAGAUACUCAAAGCUCGAAAGCUCAAAGCCCUCCGAGCGAAGAUUCCAAAGCUAAACAGAUUAGUAAAUGCACGAAAGGUGCAGACGGUGGUGAAUCAAAAGAAAGUUCUGAAAGCACUGAUAUAAUGGAUAAAUGCCAAAAAUUCGGUUCCACACAUAGUGAUACUAGCUUUUGGAGGAAGCUUUCCUUGGCUGCAAUCCCAUUUGCUUUUGGUUUGUCCGCUUUCAUAUUUGCUACUAGCGGCGAAUACGAGAAGGGCGAUUUUAUACCUUACGAGUUCAUGUACCGCCAUAACAAACGUUUUCCUUGGGGCGACGGUAAAUAUUCUUUAUUGCAUGGUAAAAACAAUUAUGAUCCUGAAGAAGAAGAGGCGAAAAUUGAUGAAGAAGCAGAAGAGGACGGUCCGUCAACGCCCCGUUACAAAAAGACCAAAGAUCCCUUAGAGGAAAAAAAGCAACUGCGAGAAAAGCACGCCGACGAAGAGCUGGAGCGGCGCAAAAAACGUCAUCAAUUGGAGAAGGAGAAAAGUGAAAAAGAAGCAAAGGAACAGGAACAAACACAAGAACAACAAGAAUAA